AUGAACAACUUUGAACAGCUCAAGUUACUAGGACGUGGUGGGUACGCAAGUGUCUACCUCGUUCAAUCUUUCCACUUCCCUCACCUUUACGCGUUAAAGAGAAUUUCCAAGUCCAAAAUCGUGACGAAGGAGCAGAAAACUCGGUUUGAAGCUGAAAAAUUCAUUCUGGAAGGAAUUACGAGUCCAUUUCUAUGUCGAGGUUUCGAGACGUUUGAAACAAAGGAGGAAAUGGCCAUUGUACUAGAAUUUAUCCAAGGUCGUACUUUGCAUGAGUGUGUGUGGAAAUAUAGAGACACGGGCAGAUUACCGGAAAAUGUUGCCAGGUUUUUUACGGCACAACUGGUGCUUGCACUGGGUGAUCUGCAUGCUCAUGGAUACAUUCAUCGUGAUCUAAAGAGUGGCAACGUGUUGAUUGGGGAAGAUGGAUUUGUCAAGGUAAUUGACUUUGGACUUGCCAAAAAGGUGGCUGGGGAUGAAGUAAAGGAGGAUGAACGCACACAAUCCAUAUGUAGCACGCACUACAUCAUGGCACCUGAAAUUAUGAACCAGCAGCCUUAUGGAGUUACUGUUGACUGGUGGAGUUUAGGUGUCGUUAUCUACGAAAUGGUGAUGGGUCACCCACCCUGGGAAUAUCAUUGCCCACAAAAUAGUACCAUCGACGAAUACUUUCGGAAUAUUAUGCACAUAGCUAGAUCUCCGUUCCAGUCUGCUGAUGCCCAGGGACUGAGUAAUGAUCUGCAGUCGCUGAUAAGUGGUCUACUGACACUUGAUUUUCAUAAGCGACUUGGGGCACAUGGAGUAACCGAGGUUAUGCGCCAUGCAUGGCUCUGUGAUGUCGACUGGAAACAUUUGCAGACGAAAGAUGCAUCAAUUGCUGUACCGUAUGACGCCCAAGCUGACUAUAACGCAGACCGAAUCUACAUACAUCCUACGCGAAAUGACGGUCUGUCUAGUGCAGAGAGCAUUGGUUCUGAAGAAAAUGCAAAGUAUUUUGCUGAUUUUUAA